ACCAGUGUCGCUUUAAUGCUGCGUUCACGUGCUGUCUGGACUCCUGAGCUCUCCGUACAGUCCUUGAACGCACCGGGCUGUCACGUGACAGUCAUGGCGUCCUCGCGCAGACGGUGUCUCCGCUCCGGGCUCGUGUCUCUGUUGAUUUACUGUGUUUACACCGACACGCGGCUCGGUCCACCGGAGGAGGCGGAGCGCUGCGACAGCCUGAGGCUCGGACAGUAUCUCUGUAAAGAUCCAAAGAUCGAUGAAGCCACUCAGGAGCCGGAGAACUGCAGAGACGCGACAGCCUGGGUGGAGUGCCUCCCGGCUCCAAACAUCAGCUGUCGACUCUCCAACGGGACCGAGUUCAGGUUCAGUGGGGGGGAGGUGGGCUUCAACAAAACCAUCCCCUGCAGGAAUGUGAGCGGUUAUUCCUACAAAGUGGCCGUGGCGCUGUCUCUGUUUCUGGGCUGGCUCGGAGCGGACCGCUUCUACCUGGGAUAUCCUGCGUUAGGACUGCUGAAGUUCUGUACUGUCGGCUUCUGUGGGAUCGGAACUCUGAUUGACUUCAUCCUGAUCGCCAUGCAGAUCGUGGGUCCAGCUGACGGAUCAAACUACAUCGUGGAUUAUUACGGCACCCGGCUGACCCGCCUGUCCAUCACCAACCAGACCUACAGGAAGCCACACCUGUCUCUGUGAGCACACCUGGACACGCCCACACAUGGACGGACAGGAGCGCUGUCCGAAGGAGAAGGAGAAGGAGGAGAAGAAGGAGGAGGAGAAGAAGGAGAAGAAGAAGGAGGAGAAGGAGAAGGAGGAGAAGAAGGAGGAGGAGAAGAAGGAGGGGCUGUUCCAUUUAACUUUAACGACGCUCUGACUCGUUUCUUCAAAGCUGCAUCACCUUCAUUUAAAGGAUCCUUUCAUCAGUCCACUUCCUGUCACGUCUGUCUUUAUUUAAUAUUUUGUUGUAAAAAAUCGACGUCUUUAAGUUCUGAUGUUUUUCCAUGAAAACUGUAAAUAAAGUUUCUUUUUGUGUUAAUCUGAA